AUGUCUUUAAACUAUGCAAGAGAAUUAUUAAAAAUAAGUUUAAGUCAAUUAUGUGAUUCAAUUGGAUUUGAUACAACAUCAGAAAUAGCAUUAGAUAUUUUAGUUGAUGUUUGUGAAAGACAAUUUCAAUCAUUAUCUAAACAAACAUCAAAUCUUAUUCAAUUGAAUAAUCGUUAUCAAGAAAAUUAUUUUGAUAUUUUAUCAAUUUUAUUGGAAAAUAAUCAUGAAAAUCUUGAUCAAUUACAAGAUUAUAUGUUUAAAUUUCAGUCGUCAACAUUUCCAAAAGAUAUUAUUCAAUUUCCAUUCAGAAAAAGAAAUCAAAUUUACUUAAGAAUUCCACCAAAAGAUUCACAAGAAAUAAUUCAACGAGAUCAAAAUUCAUCAACAGAGUAUAUUUACGAUUGGUUGCCACUUUUUCCUGAUCAAGAAACACCUGAACAGUCAUCAUUGAUUAAUAUUGAUACAAAUAUUGAUGCAACUAUUUAUCAAGACCAACAAAAAAAAUUUGAUAAAUCUGAUUCUCAUCAUCCAUUGACACUUUUAUCGUUCUUAAGUAAAAAUGGUGACGAACCAACAUCAGUACCAAUUGGUAAACGACCAAAUCAAUCAUUACCUUCAAUUCUUUAUCGUCCAAGACGCAUUAUUGAAAUGGAAGUAGCUGCUGCUGCUACUGCUGCGGCUGAAAAAGCAAAAAAGGAGCAACUUGAGAAGGAAACUAAUGAAAAAGAUCAACAAGGCCCACCACCACCACUUCGUUUAACUAUACCAAAACCUUUAGUUGUCAAUGAUAAAGGUCCAAUAACAAAUAAAAAGUUGUCAUCAUCAAUUUUAACAACAACAACAACAACACCUACAAUACCAUCAUCUUCAUCUUCAUUAUCAACAUUAACACUAACAACAACAAUAACAACAACAGCUGCAGUAGCAACAACGAUACCGACAACCACAACCACAACUUCAACGGUAACAAAUCCAAUGGCAAUAGAUGGAAUAAUUAAUAAAAAUGGUAUAAAUACUUCUUUAUUCAUUGGAAAUAUUCCAUCUGUCAAUCUUGGAAAUAAAAUUAUUGUCAGUCCACCAUUAAAUGAUUCAAAUGCAAAACAAAUACAUUCUCAUACAAAUAUUUCAACUAAUUUAUCAGAAUCAUUAACGAAUAUUGAUAAAAAUGAAGAAACAGCUCUUGAUCUAACAAAAAAAUCAACUUUAAUAUCAUCACCAGCGAAACUUCCAAGAUUAAAAUUAAAUAUUAAAAAUGUUUCAAAUCCUCAAAUAACAAAUAAUGCUUCAAAUCCACAGAUAAGUCCACCAACUACUAAAAAGCAAAUUCAACGACCGUCAUCAAGUACUAAACAAUUACCCAAUACUCAUGAGAAAGUCAAUUUAACAAUUCGAACCUCAUCAUUACCAUUAUUUGGAACAAAUGAAAAAAUUUCAAUGAUAAGUCCACCAUUAAUUGUUUCAAAUGAAAACCUUUUAAAUUCUAUUGAAACUUCAAAUAAUCCAAUUUAUGAAAACAAAAAACUAAAUGACUUCAAUCAAAUAAAUAUUCGUUCAGAACAAGGAUCAACUUCAAAUGAAAUAGAUCGACGAGAAAAGAAAAAGAAUAAGAAGAAAAAGCAUCAUAAUGAUCAACAUGAUCAAAAAGAUAAAAAGAUAAAAAAAGAACAAGAAAAUAAUUUAGUUGAACAACAAUUUAUGACAAUGGAUAUUGAUCCUAUUCCAUCAUCAUCAUCAUCAUUAUCAACAACAGCAGCAGCAGCAACAGCAACAGCAGCAGCAACAACAACAACAACAACAACUGUGACAACAUCCAAUACUUCAAUGACAAAUCAAUCAUCUGGAGGCACUAUUCGUUUAAAAAUAAAAUUAGGAAAACCAUCGAAUUCAGCAAAUACUCUUGAAACAAAUAAAUCUGAUGAUCAAUUUAAUUCAAUAAAUUUACACGAUAAUCAAUCAAACGCUCAACCAGAAUCAAAAACAAGUCCAAUACUUCUGAAAUUACAAGUUGGACCAGGAAAUAAUCCUUCAAUAUCUCCAUCGAUUUCGACUCGUCCGCCCAUUAUUUCAACAAUGAAUCGAUCAGCAUCACAAAAACGAAAAUCUGGAAAAGUCAAACGUGUUCCACAACCAACAAAUGCAACUAUAACGAAUUCUUCAUCAAAUAUUUUUUUUCAUGAAGAUAAUACUCUUUCAAUGGAUGAUCUUCCACUUGGCGAACGAACAUCACCAAAUAAACAUGUAAUAAAUAAUAUUCAAACAAAUUUACCUCAACAAAUUAUUUCAACACCAAUUAAAAAGAAAACAAAUGCAAAUAAAAAAAAAUCAAAUAAUAACAAACGAACAAAUAAUAUUGUUGGUGUUGCUGUUAUUGAAGAACGACGUAUCGAUCAUGAUUCACAAGAAAAAAUUUGGAUAUGUCCAUCAUGUAAUAGGCCUGAUAAUGGACAAGAAGCAAUGAUUGCAUGUGAUUUAUGUGAUGAUUGGUAUCAUUGGGAAUGCGUUGGUAUUGCUGAAGAACCUCCGGAAUCGAUUCCAUGGUUUUGUCCGAAAUGUCAUCGAUCAAAUUCUUCAACAGCAUCAGCACAAGGAAUAAAACCAUCAGCUUCAAGUAAAGCAAAACGAAAACGAGCUUCAGUUAUUUAUCAACAACAACAAAAACAACAACAAUAUCCACAACAAUAA